GUUCAGUUGAUGCGCGUUGCAUUAAGUUAUUUCACCAUUGCAAUAAGUUAAAAAAAUGGUUGAUGAAAAUAUACCAAAAUCAGAUGUUUAUUCUGACCCAUGGAAUGCUAUUGCUGCCUGGUUUCUUGGACCACGUGCAGAAAAUAGAGAAUCUCUUAAUCGCCUUGUAUUAAGCACAUUAAAUUUUUAUGAAGAUUGCAGAGAGAGUUAUUAUCCUGCUGAUCCAUGUUACAUCACCGAAGAAGUCAAAGCAUCUCCUGGAUUUCGCGGUGAAUUAAAAGAUUUAGAAAAAAAGUUAGGAGAACUUAAUGAUGAAUUGGCGGACUCCAUCCCUUUCUAUAGUACAAGAUACCAGGGGCAUAUGACAGCAGAAACAACAAUACGAGCUACUCUUGGGUAUUUUGUUGGAAUGUUAUGGAAUCAAAAUAAUGUUGAUUCAUCAGCAUCUCCUGUAACUACUCAAAUGGAAAUUUUAGUGGGAAAACAUUUAUGUGAUCUUAUACAAUUUUCACAAAAUAACCCUACGUCAUGGGCACACAUAACUAGCUGUGGCUCUGUUGCAAACAUUGAAGCUUUAUGGUCAGCAAGAAAUCUAAAGUUUCAUCCAUUGGCUAUCAAAGCUUGUGUUAUGGAUGUAGAUGCAGACCCAAAAUUAAAAGCUGGUGCCAAUAUGCCGGUUUAUUUGGCUGAAAUAGAAAAGGAAAUUCCUCUUCAAGAAUGUAGUCAAUGGCAACUUUUAAACUUGGAUGUUGACACAGUUUGCAAUCUUACGUCUAAUUUGAAAACAUAUUGUAAACUUGAAAACACUAAAUUGAUUGACGCUGCACUUAAGAAACAUUCAGUUAUUUCGAUUGGGUUAGCUAACUUCAUGCAUAGGCAGAAACUUGAAAACUCUCCUGUUAUUUUUUGUCCUGGAACGUGCCAUUAUUCAUAUCCCAAAGCAGCUACAAUUUUGGGAUUAGGUGAUCAAAAUAUAAUUCCUCUGGAGGCAGAUUGUAACUGCAGAGUUAGGAUGGCAGUAUUGAGAAGUAAGUUGGAGCGCCAUUUAGAAUUAAAGAUUCCUAUCAUUACAGUUGUGGCAGUUAUUAGUUCGACUGAAGAAAGUGCUAUUGAUCCAAUUUCGGAGAUGUUUGAAAUGAGAAAAGAAUUUCAGAAACGAGGGCUGAGUUUUACAAUUCAUGCUGAUGCAGCCUGGGGAGGGUACAUGCUCACAAUGAUAUGUGAUGCAAGUGCUGAUCGAUUAAUGAAGCUGAAGGACCUUGGCUUUGUUCCUGAAAUUCCAUUAUCAGAAUAUGCUACUUAUCAAUAUCAAUCUGUGAAAUUGGCAGAUACAGUCACCAUUGAUCUUCACAAAAGUGGUUUUUGUCAAUACCCUGCAGGUGCUUUGGCUUAUCGAAAUGGUGAAAUGAAAGGAUUUAUCACAUUACAAGCCCCAGAGGUUUUUCACAGUGAAGAUGAUGUUUCUGUUGGUGUUUAUGGCUUGGAAGGUUCAAAGCCAGGAGCUGCUGCUGCUGGAGUGUUGCUAGCACACAGGGUUCUUGGUCUAGAUAAAACAGGAUUAGGUCGUGUAUUAGGACAAUGUCAACUUGGUGCAAAGCUAUUCUACUGUAUGUGGAUGACUGUUGCAAGAGACUAUGAUGAUUUUAUUUGCUUAAAUUUAAUUGAUCUUCCUGAAGGUUAUGAUACUAAUGAAGCAAUAAAAUUGAUAAGAGAGAAAAUUUUGGGAGGUUGAAGUAAUGAAUUUUCUUUCAACAGUUGGACCUGAUGCUUUAAUUAAUACCUUUACUGUAAAUAUAA